AUGAUGUUUGAUAGCAUAAGAAGAGGAUUAGAUCAGUAUUUCAUUCCAGAAUUUAAUCUGACUAGACUAAAGCGGCCAAUUGAUGGUCUUACAGACAGAAAAGGAAAUUUACUCAAAGAAAUGACUGAAAAUAAUUUCGAAAAAUACAAAGAAUUUUUAAUUUAUGAAAAUAAAAAAAUUUUCCAAGAAUUACUUGAAGCCAAUGAUAUCAAAUCAUUCACCAAACUUGUAGAAUCUGGAUCAUAUCAGUUUACAAAUGAAAUUUCGCUUUCUGCCCUGUAUUCGAAUUAUAAUUUUUUCAUACUUUGCUCUAAGCAUCAAAAGAUCACAAAUAAUGUUGUAGAAAGUGCAUACAGUGGCGGAAAUAAGGAAAUUAUUAAGUACUGCAAGCAACACUAUGAUUUUUCCGAAGAAAAAUAUAUGAAAUUCUGUAUAAAAUACCAAAGGAACGAAUUGAUUGAAGAAAUGAUCGAAAAAGGUUUUGGUUGGACAAUAAACGAUGCAGUUCAUUCUCUCAACUACAGGCUGAUUCUCUUCUCCUUGUUCCUCGGGAAGAAAGAGUCGAAAGAAGAGGACGAAUACAGAAGAUCUAAUCUGCAUUUUUGCGGCCGUUUCGGAGACUAUCUGAUUGGAGAAUUCCUCGCUGAAAAGGGAUUUGACGUGAAUGCGGUUGAUGAUGACGGGAGGUCCGUCGCAUACGAAGCAGCGAGCUCUUCAAGAUUUUCUUUCUUGAAGAUGCUGAUUUCUAAGAAUGCUGACUUAGAAAAAAAGAAUAUUGACGGAAUUUCUGCUUAUAAAAGGGUAAUGAUGUCAAAGGAUCAGAGAACUCGUAAUGUUGUUUGUAAUAUGAAUAAAUAA